UCAUUACCAGAACAGAGAGCAAUCAAAAACCAAAACACACAAAAGGUAAAAGGCCAAGCUGCAAGAUCAAGACCAUAGUAGGGGAUCUGAACUCUGACAUGGCUGCUCAACCUCCCACAAUCCCUCUCCUUACCCCUUACAAAUUGGGAAAAUUCAAUCUUUCUCAUAGAGUUGUUUUAGCGCCAUUGACUAGAUGGAGAUCAUACCACAGUGUUCCUCAACCACAUGCCAUCUUAUAUUACUCUCAGAGAACAUCCAAUGGGGGUCUUCUCAUAGCUGAAGCCACUGGAGUUUCUGACACAGCUCAAGGGUACCCAGAUACUCCUGGUAUAUGGACAAAGGAGCAAGUGGAAGCAUGGAAACCCAUUGUUGAUGCCGUUCAUGCUAAAGAUGGUGUCUUCUUCUGUCAGAUUUGGCAUGUGGGGAGGGUUUCAAAUAGUGGUUAUCAACCAAAUGGGCAAGCUCCAAUCUCUUCUACUGACAAGCCAAUACGAUUAAAUGGCAUUGAUGCCAGUGAAUUCACACCUCCAAGGCUAUUAAGGACCGAUGAAAUUCCACAAAUUGUCAAUGAUUUUAGACUCGCUGCAAAGAAUGCUAUUGAAGCUGGCUUUGAUGGAGUUGAAAUUCAUGGGGGCCAUGGCUACCUUCUUGAUCAGUUUUUGAAAGAUCAAGUGAAUGAUCGAACAGACCAAUAUGGUGGAUCUCUAGAGAAUCGUUGUCGAUUUCCUUUGGAAGUCGUUGAAGCUGUUGUUAACGAGAUAGGAGCAGAUAAAGUUGGAAUUAAACUAUCUCCAUUUGAUGACUAUAUGGACUCAGGGGAUUCAAAUCCAAAUGCAUUAGGCCUUUAUAUGGCCAAUUCCUUGAACAAAUAUGGGAUUCUGUACUGCCACAUGGCUGAGUCAAGAAUGGAGACAGUUGGAGAGAAAAGUGAAAGCCCCCACAGUCUUGUACCCAUGAGAAAGGCUUUCAAUGGUACCUUCAUUGCUACUGGUGGUUUUGACAGGGAAGAUGGGAACAAAGCUGUGGCAGAGGGCCAUGCAGAUCUCAUCGCAUAUGGACGUUGGUUUUUGGCUAAUCCAGAUUUGCCAAAAAGAUUUGAGCUCAAUGCUCCUCUAAACAAGUACAAUAGAGACACAUUCUACCUAUCUGAUCCGGUUAUUGGUUACACUGAUUACCCAUUUCUUGAAACCACUGCUUAAGUUUCCUCCAGCCUACGGACGCUUGAAGCCUUGAACACUCUACCUGUAGGCUUUGUUGUUACUUUUCUUUCACCGUAACAUGUAGUUAUUAUUUCUACUGCAGGCGCUGGUGCUUUCUAAGAGACCGGAUUCUAAUUCUUUUAAGAUUUUGCAUUUGGCAGAUAUACCAGGCCUUACUUCCUUCGCUA